AUGAGUGAUUGGACAGUGCAGAGGCGCUCAUGCACCUGUGACAGAGUUUUGGCCUGUCCCAUUCUGCUGCCACAGGGGGCAGGACGAGACCUCCCAAACUCUCACAGGGCAGUCUAUGGCAGAGAGAGACGCAGUCAGGACGCUACACUGGUUAAAAGUAGCAGUUUAGUGGAUCCGACAAAGUCUACUAAUGUAGCUCAUGUCCACAAUGGCGUCAAAGAAAGUGAGUUUGCGAAGGCUCCGUGUGAGUCCCGGGAUGGCUUCGCAGACUUCCAGCACUGGACAGGGGCCGACCCCCAGCAGGUGCUACCGGGGGUCGAUCCCUGGAACCCCGACAGUGACAGUGGAGGCGAGGCCCCUCGGAGCGCUCCGCGGGCGUCCAUAGUGGACCGCCUGCUGGUGGAGCUGUAUGACACGUACAGCGCGGCCAGGAGACAGGACAGCUGGGACAGCUCCACUGAGGCGUCCGGCUCUGAACACACAGCCCUGUGCCGCUAUAGCCCUGCAUCAAGCCUGCUGCAGGAGCUCCAGGAGAAGCACACUGCCGCCCACCAGAGGAACUACCUGUCCCAGAAAGAUGUGGAAGAGUUACAGUCUAUGAUUCAGGAGGUGAAGUAUCGCAGCAGUCUACAGUCCGCUAAACUGCUUCGGCAGCUGAAGCGCCGAGACCGACUCGGCCACAAACUGCAGAAAAACUAUGACAUUAUCACAGCAUGUCUUCAGGCUGUUUCUCAAAAGCGACGUGUUGACACGAGGCUGAAGUUCACCAUCGAACCAUCCAUCGGGAAGAAUGGAUUUCAGCAGUGGUAUGAUGCCCUUAAAGCAGUGGCAAGGCUCCCUACUGGACUGCCAAAGGAGUGGAGGAAAAGGGUUUGGCUCACUCUGGCUGACCAGUAUCUACACUCUAUAUCCAUCGACUGGGAGAAGACUCUACGCUUUGCUUUUAACGAGCGCAGUAAUCCAGACGAUGACUCCCUUGGCAUCCAGAUUGUCAAGGAUCUCCACAGGACCGGGUGCAGCUCUUACUGUGGACAGGAGGGCGAGCAAGACCGGGUGGUGCUGAAGAGGGUCCUGCUGGCUUACGCUCGGUGGAAUAAAAAAGUGGGCUACUGCCAGGGUUUCAAUGUUUUGGCAGCACUCAUUCUUGAAGUAACGGAGGGCAGCGAAAGCGAUGCCCUCAAGGUGAUGAUCUACCUUAUAGACAAAGUUUUACCAGAGAGUUAUUUUGCCAACAACCUGCGGGCGUUAUCAGUGGAUAUGGCGGUGUUCAGAGACUUGCUGCGCUUGAAGUUGCCAAGAUUGUCUCAGCACCUCCAUCACCUACAGAAAACUGCCAACAAGGAGGCUGGAGGCAGCUUUGAGCCUCCUCUGACCAAUGUCUUCACUAUGCAAUGGUUCUUGACAAUGUUCGCGACCUGUUUGCCUGCUCCAACCGUGCUCAAGAUCUGGGAUUCAGUUUUCUUUGAAGGGUCCGAGGUGCUGUUUCGAGUUGCCAUUGCCAUCUGGGAACGACUGGGAGAGAGAAUAGAGUAUUGCCACACUGCAGAUGAGUUCUACAGCACGAUGGGUUGCCUGACUCAAGAGAUGUUGGAGCGAAACCUCAUUGACCCCGCUGAUCUCAUGCAUGAAGUUUACUCCAUGGCAGUUUUUCCCUUUCCGCAGCUGGCUGAGUUGAGAGAAAAAUACACCUACAAUAUUACUCCUUUUCCUACCUCAGUAAAAUCCAAUGGCAGUGGAGGUCUCGGCAGCUGGGAGAGCGACGAUGACGCAGAUAUGGAUGAUGAAGACGCAAUGGUGACUGCGCUUGGUUGUUUAGGGCCCCUGGGUGGACUGCUGGCCCCAGAACUACAGAGAUACCAGAAACAUCUCAAGGACCAUAGAGCUGAGCAUGGUAAUAUUGCAGAGCUGAGUCCAGGAGCAGUCGGAGGGACAGGAUCCAGUCGGUCUGAGCACCAAGCAGCGAUCAACAGCAUGAUGAUGGAGCGGAUGAGCACCGACAUCUACGCCCUCAAAAAGCAAUACACCCGAAUCAAGAAGCGGCAGCAGCAACAAUCUAUGCACCUCUGCAUUCGAACAGGACGUGUACCUGAACUGGCCACGAGUCCAGGGAUUCUUCAGGAUCAUCAAGUCAAAACUGAUGAUAAGUGUCCUGCAACUCGGGUCACAAACUCCCAACUCAACAACUCGGCUGUCAUCAACCACCUUCUUUUGGGUCGCCAGCCAAAAGCCUCCAGGCCUCCAUCCACAGUGUCCAGAGCUGGCACUCCUUAUUCCCAGGGAUCUCCGUCAAGGCAACGCUGCAGUUCCUUCUCUUCCACCGGAUCCAGCAGGAGCUCUCCUUGGCGCGAUCACGUUCGUAUGCACCGAAGAAACGUGGCCAGGGCUCGAGCUCAGCUGGGGUUUGAAGACUCUGAGGAAAAGGAGGAUGACGACGAAGUGGAGGAGAAGGCAGAAUCCAUAGAGACCAGGAAGGAGAAUGAGUUGGAGGAAAGAGCGGUUGAUGAUGCUGGAUCUGACGUAUCCGAUUGUCUUUCUCAAAAUUCGACGAUGCGAGAAUCUGCCUCUGUCUCCGGGCAACUUGAGGACUUUGCCGUCGAAGUGGAGGACGUCGUGGUGCAGUUGCAUGCCUUCGACCUCAAAGACGAAGCCGCAAACCCGAGCGAUCUGCAACCUCGCUCUCCCAUUGCAGAGUCACUGGAGGAGACUUCAAGCCAAGACAUAGAUGCUGAUUCAGACAGGACCUUUCCAGCAUCAUCAUCUCCCGUUUCUCCUCCCAAAAGCCCCUCCCCAGAGUCGUCUCCUCAUAAAGACCCUUCUUCAAACUCCUCCCCUGCGCCCGCUCCCAUUACUGCCGCAACCUCCUCUCUCAAAUCAUCGUCUUCAGUCACCGGCCUGUCCUCUGCGGUCGCCCCAAUGCCCACCGGCUUCUAUAAAACUCCCUGCCCCUCCACGCCAGCUUCCCUCUCGUCCUCAUCCUCUUUACCAAAGCUGGAAAUGUCCUCCUCUCCCUCCACACCAUCCCUUGCUACGGUUCCCUCUCCGAAGCAGCCAACCUUCUCGCCUUUCCCCUGUGUAAAGCAUCCAAGGAAAUCCACAGCUGCCAGAAACCUCGGUCUAUACGGGCCCACUGCCAAAACACCCACAGUACACUUCCCGCAAAUGAGCCGCAAUCUCAGUCGGUGUAGCACAGCUGCAGCCACUGGGAGGCGCUAA